CAUGUUUGUUAUGAUUAUGGAUAGUCCACGGCAUGUUUUUGAGUUCAACGACGACACGGCUAGAGAAAUGAAAAUGAAAUUAUCGAUUCUAACUUACAAAUGGUUGGAAGAAAUGAUAGAAACGGACGGUGUGGGUAAUCAAGCAACGAAGACUGAAAAGGCUUUGGUCAAGGAUGAUGCAUAGCUAAGUUUGACGAAAGCACAGUCAUUCGAUUAAUGGAAGCCACCAAGGGACCAAGUUAAGACUCAAUGAGGUUGCGAGAUGUAGAAGAAUUGUGUGUUUCGCUAGUUAAUCAUGCACGUU